CCCGAGCCUUGGCCGCCGCUGCCGCUGCCACUGCCGCCGCCGCCGCCCGAGAGACUCGCGCAGAGCAGUUAUGGCGGAUCCCGCAGCGCCCUCAACCGCAGCUCCGGCUCCCGCCCAGGCCCCGGCCGCGGUUCCGGAGGCGGCCCCGGCCUCGGACGCAGCCCCCGCCCCGGCCCCGGCGCCCGCCCCGGACUCGGCCUCCGGGCCGUCCUCGGACUCCGGCCCCGAAGCCGGCUCACAGCGCCUCCUGUUCUCUCACGACCUGGUAUCGGGCCGUUACCGCGGCUCCGUGCACUUCGGGCUGGUGCGCCUCAUCCACGGCGAGGACUCGGACUCGGAGGGCGAGGAGGAGGGCCGCGGGAGCUCGGGCUGCUCUGAGGCGGGGGGCGCGGGCCACGAGGAGGGCCGGGCCAGCCCGCUGCGCCGCGGCUACGUGCGCGUCCAGUGGUACCCGGAGGGCGUCAAGCAGCACGUGAAGGAGACCAAGCUGAAACUAGAGGACCGCUCCGUGGUGCCCCGGGAUGUGGUCCGGCACAUGCGAUCCACCGACAGUCAGUGUGGCACCGUGACCGACGUCAGCAUCGACUGCGCCGUCAAGCUCAUCGGCACCAACUGCAUCAUCUACCCGGUCAACAGCAAGGACCUGCAGCACAUCUGGCCCUUCAUGUAUGGGGACUACAUUGCCUAUGACUGCUGGCUGGGGAAGGUCUACGACUUGAAGAACCAGAUCAUUCUGAAGCUGUCCAAUGGUGCCAGGUGCUCCAUGAACACAGAAGAUGGUGCCAAGCUCUAUGACGUCUGCCCGCACGUCAGCGACUCAGGUCUCUUCUUUGACGAUUCUUACGGCUUCUACCCGGGCCAGGUGCUCAUUGGCCCUGCCAAGAUCUUCUCCAGUGUCCAGUGGCUGUCGGGAGUCAAGCCAGUGCUCAGCACCAAGAGCAAGUUCCGGGUGGUGGUGGAAGAGGUGCAGGUUGUGGAACUGAAAGUCACAUGGAUCACCAAGAGCUUCUGUCCAGGGGGCACGGACAGCGUCAGUCCCCCACCUUCUGUCAUCACCCAGGAAAACCUAGGCAGGGUGAAGCGUCUCGGAUGCUUUGACCAUGCUCAGCGGCAGCUGGGGGAGCGCUGUCUGUUUGUCUUCCCGGCCAAGGUAGAGCUGGCCAAGAUUGCCUGUGAAUGUCCAGAAAAACACUGCGCCCAGGGGGAGGGCUCUAUGGCCAAGAAGGUGAAGCGCCUGUUGAAGAAGCAGGUUGUACGGAUCAUGUCCUGCUCCCCGGACACACAAUGCUCCAGGCACCACUCCAUGGAGGACCCAGGCAGGAAAGGGGGGGCCAAAGCCAAGAGCGAAACGGGGUCCGCCAGCCCCGAGGAGACGCCCGACGGGUCCGCCAGCCCGGUGGAGAUGCAGGACGAGGGCCCAGAGGAGGAGCGGGAGGCCGGCGAGCAGCUGCCCCCCUUCCUGCUGAAGGAGGGUGGGGAUGACCGGCUGCAGUCAGCUGAGCAGGACGCGGACGACGAGGCCGCGGACGACACGGACGAUACCAGCUCGGUCACGUCCUCCGCCAGCUCCACCACUUCCUCCCAGAGCGGCAGCGGCACGAGUCGCAAAAAGAGCAUCCCUUUGUCUAUCAAGAACUUAAAGCGGAAACACAAGAGGAAGAAGAAUAAAAUCACUCGGGACUUCAAGCCGGGGGACAGGGUGGCUGUGGAGGUGGUGACCACGAUGACGUCGGCAGAUGUGAUGUGGCAGGACGGCUCCGUGCAGUGCAACAUCCGCUCCAAUGACCUCUUCCCCGUCCACCACCUGGACAACAACGAGUUCUGCCCCGGAGACUUCGUGGUGGACAAGCGAGCCCAGAGCUGUCCGGACCCCGCCGUCUACGGCGUGGUGCAGUCUGGGGACCACGUGGGCCGCACCUGCGUAGUGAAGUGGUUCAAGCUGCGGCCAAGUGGGGAUGACGUGGAGCUGAUUGGAGAGGAGGAAGACGUGAGUGUUUACGACAUUGCCGACCACCCCGACUUCCGGUUCCGCACGACCGAUAUCGUCAUCCGCAUCGGCAAUACCGAGGACGGGGCUCCUCCCAAGGAGGACGAGCCAUCAGUCGGCCAGGUGGCCCGCGUGGACGUCAGCAGCAAGGUGGAGGUGGUGUGGGCUGACAACUCAAAGACCAUCAUCCUGCCCCAGCACUUGUACAACAUCGAGUCUGAGAUUGAGGAGUCAGACUACGACUCGGUGGAAGGCAGCACCAGUGGGGCGUCCUCGGACGAGUGGGAGGACGACAGUGACAGCUGGGAGACGGACAAUGGGCUGGUGGAGGACGAGCACCCCAAGGUGGAGGAGCCCCCCAUCCCAGCCGCUGAGCAGCCAGCGGCCCCCGAGGAGGACAAGGGGCUGGUGAUCAGCGAAGAAGCAGCCACAGCCGCUAUUCAGGGGGCUGUGGCCAUGGCCGCCCCCGUGGCGGGGCUCAUGGAGAAGGCUGGCAAGGAUGGGCCCCCGAAGAGCUUCCGGGAGUUGAAAGAGGCCAUCAAGAUCCUAGAGAGCCUCAAGAACAUGACCGUGGAGCAGCUGCUGACGGGCUCCCCCACCUCCCCCACGGUGGAGCCUGAGAAACCAACUCGGGAGAAGAAGUUUCUGGAUGACAUCAAGAAGCUGCAGGAAAACCUCAAGAAGACCCUGGACAACGUGGCCAUCGCAGAGGAGGAGAAGAUGGAAGCCAUGCCAGACACAGAGCGCAGGGAGGACAAAGCCGAGGCACAGUCACCUGUGAAGGCCGAGUGGCCCAGCGAGACCCCGGUGCUCUGCCAGCAAUGUGGCGGCAAGCCCGGCGUCACCUUCACCAGCGCCAAGGGCGAGGUCUUCUCGGUGCUGGAGUUUGCGCCCUCGAAUCACUCUUUUAAGAAAAUUGAGUUCCAGCCUGCAGAAGCCAAGAAGUUCUUCAGCACGGUGCGGAAGGAGAUGGCGCUGCUGGCUACCUCGCUACCCGAUGGCAUCAUGGUCAAGACUUUUGAGGAUAGAAUGGACCUCUUCUCGGCCCUGAUCAAGGGCCCCACUCGCACCCCGUAUGAGGACGGCCUCUACCUGUUUGACAUCCAGCUCCCUAACAUCUACCCAGCCGUGCCCCCCCACUUCUGCUACCUCUCCCAGUGCAGUGGCCGCCUGAACCCCAACCUGUAUGACAAUGGGAAGGUGUGCGUCAGCCUCCUGGGCACCUGGAUUGGCAAGGGGACGGAGAGGUGGACGAGCAAAUCCAGCCUUCUCCAGGUGCUCAUCUCCAUCCAAGGUCUGAUCCUGGUGAACGAGCCGUACUACAACGAGGCCGGCUUCGACAGUGACCGGGGCCUGCAGGAGGGUUACGAGAACAGCCGCUGCUACAACGAGAUGGCCCUCAUCCGCGUGGUGCAGUCCAUGGCCCAGCUGGUGCGGCGGCCGCCCGAGGUCUUCGAGCAGGAGAUCCGGCAGCACUUCAGCACCGGUGGCUGGCGCCUGGUGAGGCGCAUCGAGUCCUGGCUGGAGACCCACGCCCUGCUGCAGCGGGCCCCGGUGCUGCCCAACGGGGUCUUCAAGGACAGCAGCCCCACAGGGCUGCCUGCUGCGGCCGAGCUCUCGGACUGCGGCCGAGAAGACGCUGAGGACGGCGGGCCGGGCCCUGGAGAGGCCUCCCAGGGCUCGGACUCAGAGGGCGGCACGCAGUGCCUGGCCUCCGCCGGCAGACACCACACAGACCAGACUGCGGAGGCAGCGCCCGACGCCUCGGUGCCGCCCAGUGUCAAACCAAAGAAGCGGAGGAAGAGCUACCGGAGCUUCCUGCCCGAGAAGAGUGGCUACCCCGACAUCGGCUUUCCCCUCUUCCCGCUUUCUAAGGGUUUCAUCAAGAGCAUCCGGGGCGUCCUGAUGCAGUUCCAGGCCGCUCUGACAGAGGCAGGCAUGCCGGAGCCCGCAGAUGACAAGUAGCCGCCAGCCCUCAAGGAAGGAGGAGCUCGGUGGGAGAGGCCAGCUGCUGCCUGCUCACCCCCGCCCUUGGAACCUCCCUCAUCCCGUUUCUCCUCUGUCCCCCAUGCAAGCCCCCCUCUGCCCUCUUCUUCCCAAGGUGACUGAUACUGAUGUGCAAGAAGUUUCUUGAGAUGCUGCCAUUUCUAUUCCGAAGCAAUCUUUCAACAGGAGGGUCCCCUGUGGCAAAGCAAAUCUGGACCCUAUUUUCUCCUUGUCGCCCCAGGCUGAAUGUCCCGGUACUUUCCCCCUUGCCGUCUCUAUCUCGGGUCAGAGGUGACAGGGGCCCCUGGGGCCCAAGUGUUGUGCGGAGCCGCAGCGGGACGAAUGGACGUGCCUUGCAUGAAGUGUGGGUUGCUCCAGCCGUUCUCCUGGUCCCUUUCGUCCUCUUCAGUUCCAUGGUAGCUCCCCCGUGUCCCAGGCCACCACCACUAGAUCCCCUCCUCCCUAGCAUCAACACUGUCCCUUGGGAGUUACAGCCGCUGUCACUGGCUCCGGGCUCUAUUCUGGCCCAUUACAGGAUAGCCCUCAGGCCUGUUGAACUGGCUGUCUAAGAGAGGCUGGGACCAGGCUGGGUUCAGGGUGACACCCAGGAGGGGUGGUGGCCCUCACUCGCUAACAUGAAGUGAGGACCAGGGAGGGAGCAGCUGGGAAAGCAGCAGCUGUAGGUGCCUUGCUCUUCCUGUCCCACGUGACUGCGGGUCCGAAGCUCAGGCUUCACGGGCUUGCCUGCUUGAACUGAAGCCAGUGUCUGCUCCCUGUUCCGUCUCCCAGCCCAGGACCCCAGGACCCCGGGAGGUGGGAGCAGCAGCACAGCCGAGGCCUGGGCAGGUGCUGAGGCCUCUCCCAUGGACUUGCCCCUCCCACUAUGAAAUGCUAACGCUGGGAGGUGGUGUGUCGCUCACUGAACAUGCGGAGCCGGCCCCCUCUCCGUGAGAACGAGGCCUGCUGUCAGCCCUUAGCUUACAGACUGCAGGCGCCAGCAGGAGAGGCGGCUGCACGCCCGGGUCCUCCUCCCUCGCAGAGACAGGCCCAGAGGUUUACAAGUUUUCUAAGCUUUUGAUAAUGUGAAGCUCGAGGUUCAGAGGAUGCUGAUGAGCCCAUUGCAGCUAUGUACUUUUGGGUGUACGUAUUGUAAUAUUUAAGGGUGAAAACAAAGAUAUUAACUCUUAUUAGAAAAACAAGCAAAGAAGCCAAAGCAUGACGCGUCUUGUCCGCCUUAAGCUGGCUCCACACCUGUGCUGUGCCAUAUCCACCCAGCGGGCAGCAGCCGCGGGGCAGGACGGAGCCGGACCACAGGCCGCGCGCAGCCCCUGGAGCCCAGAGUCGGUACCUUGUUUGAUUAACAUCCAGUGACGUGGGGCUGUGCUUCCCAGUGCGUUGUUCAUGUGGAGAUGUGAAUGCCCACUGCUUAAGAUACCUGUAUAAAGUGCUGUGUGAUUAAACUUUUUUUUUUACUUGCAUUUUUUUGUUUGGCUCAUUACAAUGUACAACAAAGACAAGGUGGCACCAUUAAACCUGCCUCUGCCAUUCA